CCUGGAGAGGCGGCUGGGGAGUGUUUGCCAUGGGCAGCCCUCCUCUUCCCGGGAUCCCGAGGGGUCUGGAUGCCAGCAGAAGGUCCUUUCUGAUCCCCUCCCACGCUUGCCCCCAGGGAGUGACCGACUCUGAGAAGCGGAUCCACAACCUGACCGCGGAGAAUGAGGGCUUGAAGCAGAGCCUGGGGGUCGCCCAGGGCCUCUUGCAGCAGCUGGUUUCUGCGUCAGCUCAGUCCCCAGCCCCGGUGGCCAAGGAGAACGAGGGCCUCCGGGCCAGAGUGCAGCAGCUGGAAGCCACCCUGCAGCAGAAAGUGGAGGAGCUCAUGUGCCUGGAGGUACAGAUGGAUAGGCUACAGUGGCGCAAGGAGGAGGAGGUGCGCCACCUGGAUGAGCGCCUGCGUGGGCUCCAGCUGUCCCUGGAGGCGCACAAGAACCAGCCGCCUGAAGUGCAGUACAUCACAAAGACGGUGGAGGUGGACUCGGCGCGCACCCUGCAGGGCUUGGCCGAAGCAGAGGAGCGGAACAGGGCCCUGAUGGCGCAGCUCUCCAGCCAGGCCGAGCGGUGCCAGCAGCUGACGGAGCAGCUGCAGAACUCGGACGAGGUGGCAGCCGGCCUGCGUCACAAGAUUUCUGCCUACGAGGCCGAGAUUGCAGGACUACAGCAGGACCUGGUGCGUGAGAUCAACCAGCUGGAGGCGCGGAAGGAAGAAGCCGUCCGCGAGGCCUCCAGGUGCUCCGAGCAGCACCUCCAGCAACUGCGCGAGCAGCUUGCAGGUGUGCGUCAGCGUCUGGACGCUCUUCAGCCCCUCUUGAGGGGCAUGAAGUCAGACUACAACAGCUUGCGUGGACAAGUGCACAGUUUUGCCGACUGCUACGAAGCUGCACUUGGUGAGGCCCGGCGGCAGAUGUGCUCGGCCUUGGACGAGGCUUCGCAUGCCAACCAUCUGCUGCAGGGGCGCUACCAGCGAGAAGUGCUGCUUCGCAAGAAAUGCCAGGAACAGCUGCUGGAGCUGAAAGGAAACAUCCGGGUCUUGUGCCGCCUGAAGCCGCUGACCAGCACAGACCGGCAGGAGGGAGAGGCGGGCGCCACGGUGGGCGCUGACCCGGCUGACGACGGCUGCGUAACAGCCUGCUACAAGGGCAAGGAGCGCACCUUCAAGGUGGACAAGGUCUUCCUGCCCCAGGCCGCCCAGGAGGAGGUCUUCCAGGAGAUCGAGCCACUAGUCAUGUCUUGUCUGAACGGCUACAACGUCUGCAUCUUUGCCUAUGGACAGACGGGCUCAGGCAAGACCUACACCAUGGAGGGUGUUCCCGACAACCCCGGGAUCAACCAGCGGGCACUGCAGGCCCUCUGUCGAGAGAUGGAGGCCAAGGAGGGGGCCUGGAAAUACACAGUCAGCCUCAGUAUGGUGGAGAUCUACAAUGAGGCAAUUAGGGAUCUCCUUGCCAAGGAUCCCCAAGAGAAGCUGGAUAUCAAGUUGAACCCGGACGGGAGUGGCCAGUUGCACGUCCCAGGCCUGACCAGCGUGGAAGUGCGCAGCUUCCGAGAGAUCAAAAAGAUGCUGUCCCUGGGGAAGCGGAACCGGGUGACAUCUUCCACCAACAUGAACGAGCGAAGUUCCCGCUCCCAUGCUCUGCUCACGGUUACCAUCACCAGCACUGAGCUGUCCAGUGGCACCAAGGUCACAGGGAAGCUGAAUCUGGUAGACCUGGCCGGCUCCGAGCGGGUGUGGAAGUCCGGCGCGCAGGGGGAGCGGCUGAAGGAGGCCCAGAACAUCAACCGGUCCCUGCUGGCCUUGGGCGAGGUGAUCCAAGCGCUGCGGGCCAAGCAGGCCCACGUGCCCUUCCGCAACUCCAAGCUCACCUACCUGCUGCAGGACUCCCUGGGCAAGGGCAGCAAGACCGUCAUGAUGGUGCAGAUUUCUCCAUUGGAGAAGAACGUGGGGGAGUCCAUCUGUUCCCUCAAGUUCGCCCAGCGGGUGUGCAAAGUGGAGCUGGGCCCAGCCUCCCGACGCAUCGACGCAUCGGCCCAGCGGGACGUCUGAGCCCCCAGAGCCACAUCAGUGGCUGAUGACUCGGAGAGCAACCAGAGACCUUGCGCAGAGAGAGGCUGGUCCUGAGCACAGAAGAGACCCACCCCGCCCCAUUCAGCAUGAGUGCCCAUUCUCCCCGCUAUCCCACGGGGGCUUGGGAGUCGCAGCUGCAUAGAAAGCAGCUCCUCGUGGCUCUCCCCCCCCUCCUCAUUUUGCAUUGUACUAAGAACCCCAAAGCCUUUUCCAGCGAGGUUCUUGGUGCUACUAGAGGGCCACACCUCUCUGCCCGGCGUCUUGCUGGCUUCCCUUCUCCCCUCCCAGAGGACAGGGGCACCAUUCACUCCUGCCUGUUGCUGGGGAGUUGCUGCGGUUUUGGCCACUCCUACCCCAGUUGUAGUGUCCAGUGACACGGGCACGCGAGGCCCUUCUGGACCAAGAUCCUGACCUGCAUGUCUGAAUGCAUGUGCCCGGCUCUCUCCCCGGGCCUUGUGCUUAGGGAGGGACCUCCCUCUUGUCUGCCUGGUCCCACGUUUUACAAGUCCUGCUCAGAAUAGCCAGCUGCAGAAUAGAUUGAGCUACUGUCGCAUUGUGGUUAAGUAGCUGGUUCGAAUGCUGCUACUACCAUGAACUCUGCAGGUGGCCUUGGGUGGGCCACUUUUCUCAGCCCAGUUCCCCAGCAGGAAUAAUGAUAACACUGACUUUCUUGACUGCUCAGAGUGGGCACUCAU